AUGGCACCAAACGCUCGACCUCAAGCCCAAGCAGAUAAUGAAACAGCUGAGCAGACAGAGAAGUACCCUCGCGGCCUGGCCGCCUACGAGCACUCGACGAUGAACGCCAUCUUCCUCGGUCCGCCCGGCGCCGGCAAGGGCACCCAGGCGCAGAACGUCAAGGCGGAGUUCGGCGUCUGUCAGCUGGCCACCGGCGACCUGCUGCGCGCAGAGAUCGCCAGCGGCAGCGAGCUGGGCGCCAAGGUCAAGGGCGUCAUCGCCGCGGGCAGCCUCGUGGACGACAGUCUGGUCAUCGAGCUGAUCCGCAGCAACCUCGAUAAGCCCGCCUGUGCGCGCGGCUUCCUCCUGGACGGCUUCCCCCGGACGGUGGUUCAGGCGCAGAAGCUGGACGACCUGCUGGAGACGCGCAAGUCAAAGCUGGACGCCGUGAUUGAGUUCAAAAUCGACGACAGUCUGCUGAUUCGCCGCGUCACCGGCCGACUGCUGCACGAGGCCAGCGGCCGAACCUACCACGAGGAGUUCAGCCCGCCCAAGGUGCCCAUGAAGGAUGAUAUCACCGGCGAGCCGUUGAAGCGACGCUCUGACGACAACGCCGAAUCGCUGAAGACCCGUCUGGCCGCCUAUCACCGGCAGACUGCCCCAUUGUCCAGCUUCUACAGCGCCAAGAAGCUGCUCACUCCAGUGGACGCCGCCCAAAAGGCAGACACCGUGUACGCCGCCAUUCGCAAG